AUGGAUGAGACAAAUGAGAAAUCAGCAGAUGUCAUCUCUAUGGCUGAUUCCUCCGUCACACUCGAGGACAUUGAAGAGGAGCUGUUCAAAAUUGAGCGACUACGAAACGUGCUCGUGCGGAGAGAAUCAGAGCUGAGAUACAUGAUGGACGACAUUCAGUUGUGUAAUGAAAUCACAAGGCUGAAGGGAGAGCUGCAGAAACUGGUCUCAAAUGCAGACAAAGACAAAUCUGAGGAGGAUAGAACAAGGGAGGAGGAGCUGCUACAGCAGAUCAGCAAGCUCGUGGAGACCCGAGACUUUCUUGUCGAUGACGUGGAGUUUGAGCGGCUCAGAGAAAGAGAAGAAGACAGAGAAAUGGCAGCAGUCUUGCAGCCCAAAUUCCAAACUACUUCGGGAACGAAAGGUGCUUUGCAAGAACAGAAGGUGGUGUCCAAAUCGCCACACACUUCAGCACCAUUUAUCACUAAAACAGGAAUAACGCUACUGAAAGACUGCUGCGGCUUCACAUGCUCAAUUAUGUAA